AUGGAGCGGUCGCGCCCGCUGGGGCCGGCACUGCCGCCCUACGAGCCGCUGGCGGAGGGGCUGGACAUGGAGGGGCUGCCCCGCAGCACCGUCGUCUCGGUGGAGCCGCCGCCGCCGCCCCCUCCCCGCGACCACCUGGCCUGGUCCCUCUGCACGGCGCUGUACGCCAACGUCUGCUGCCUGGGCUUCAUGGCGCUCGUCUUCUCCGUCAAGUCCAGAGACCGCAAAGUCCUCGGCGACUACAGCGGAGCACUCAGCUACGGUUCCACCGCCAAGUACCUGAACAUCACCGCCCUGCUGCUCAACAUCUUCCUCGUCAUCCUCGUCAUCGCCCUGAUUGCUAGUGGCACCAUCGCCGUGGUGAACCUCUUCAACCACCAGCAGGAGCAUAACCCCUUCGUUGGCCCCACUUAGCCCUUCCCUUGCUCCGCAGGCAGAGCAUCCCCCCCGCGUCGGCCAGGAGCCCUGGUCGCCGCUCGGAGCGGGGGGAUGUCCUCCAUGCGGGCCCCCGGAUCCCGCUGGGGUCCUGUCCCACUUUCCUCGCUGCUCAAAGCCCCUAUGGAGCCCGCUCUGAUGGCCGCCCUCUUUGGCCUCCCUGGAAGUGCCUGGAGACACUUCUCCUCCGAGCACCCAAAAACUGGCUGUAGCAAAGGGAAAGAGCGUGCUUUCCUGCUUGCCGCUUCGCUCUGUUUUUGUAGUCCCAAGUGCCUCUAAGAAUACCCCUAAGGACAAGUGCCUUGUUUGGAGAAAACCUGGUUCAAAUAAAGGUUUCUUUCACUUUU